AUGCGUACAGACCUGAUCCAGGCCACCAACGAGACCAACGUGAACAUCCCACAGAUGGCUGACACGCUUUUCGAGAGGGCGACCAAUGCCAGUUGGGUCGUGGUCUUCAAGGCGCUGGUGACAACACAUCACAUGAUGGUCCUCGGCAAUGAGAGAUUCAUCCAGUACCUCGCCUCCAGGAACACUCUCUUCAACCUCAGUAAUUUUCUGGACAAAACCGGCUCCCAUGGCUAUGACAUGUCUACCUUCAUCAGACGCUAUAGUCGCUACCUGAACGAGAAGGCAUUCACUUAUCGGCAGAUGGCCUUUGACUUCGGCAGGGUGAAGAAGGGUGCCGAUGGAGUGAUGAGGACCAUGACCACGGAGAAGCUUUUGAAGGGAAUGCCGAUUCUCCAGGGCCAGAUCGACGCCCUGCUGGAGUUCGAUGUCCAUCCUAACGAACUUGUCAAUGGAGUCAUCAAUGCGGCCUUUCUCUUGCUCUUCAAAGACCUAAUUAAGCUCUUUGCCUGCUAUAACGACGGGAUCAUCAAUCUGUUAGAGAAGUUCUUUGAGAUGAAGAAGGGCCAGUGCAAGGACGCUCUGGAGAUCUACAAGCGCUUCCUGACACGGAUGACUCGCGUAUCCGAGUUCCUCAAGAUCGCUGAGCAAGUCGGAAUCGACAAAAACGACAUUCCCGAGCUCACUCAGGCACCUGAGAGUCUCCUGGAAUCACUGGAGACACACCUGAACACACUGGAAGGGAAAAAGGGGGAGGGCUCCCCAGGCAAGGGCUCUCCCACCAAAAACGGCUCUCCGGCUACCACCCCGGCUAAAGCCCCCGAUCAGGCUGCUGGUCCACCGGCUGAGGCUUUUUCCACCCCCCCGGCCAAUGCCGCCACCUCCGCUGCUCCAGCUGCUCCAUCUGCCUCCACUGCGCUAUCCAAUGACCUCCUGGAUCUGGACCUCUUAUCUGCCGCACCACAGCCGGCUGGAGCAGCUGCUGCAGCCCCAACCACAACCUCCUGGGGAGAUCUUCUGGCAGGUGAUGCCCUGGGUGCCCCAGCCGCCCCCGCUAGCUCAGAGGCCCUGCUAGCUGAGCCCUCCCUUGCUGGAGACUCUGCUCCCUCUGCGGCCGCUCCCGCCGCUGCCUCCGCCUGCGAGGCCACACCGGCGUCUGCCGCCCCAGCCGCUCCACCUGCCACCUCUAGCAGCUCUGACAUGGAUCUUUUUGGAGACGCAUUCGCGGCCUCUCCAGGUGACGGUCCGGGUGCCUCGGAGUGCGGGGCUGCGGCCGCUACGCCCGUCCCUGCUGCAGAUGCAUGCGCUGGAUCCGACCCCUUCGCGCCUUCUGAGGGUAGUGCAGAAGUGGCUCCCGAGCUGGACCUCUUUGCAAUGAAGCCCACCGACACCAGCCCCGCCGUAGUAGCCCCCAGCAAUAGUGCCGCGCCGAACUCCACCCCCGCAGCUGUCCCUGCCGCCCCCACUCCGCUCACGACCGCCGCUCCUGCUCUAGAUAUCUUUGGUGAUUUGUUUGAUUCUAUGCCCGAGCAAAGUUCCUCCACAGCUUCCAAACCAGAUGCUACUUCUAGCAUAGACCUAUUUGGGGCAGACUUGCCCGCUGCCUCCCGUGGGCCUUCUCCUCUUCCUGAGGCCAGUCUGACCACUGAUCUCCUGUCUGACGCAUUCUCCACCCCUGCUCCGGCCCCAGUGUCUGCUGCUCCUGCCCAACCCAGUGGGGGUGAUGUUCUAGACCUGUUUGGGGAUGCCUUUGGUCCAACUGGUUCAGAGAGCCAGCCAGCUGCCCCUGGAGCUCCUGCUACAGAUCUUCUGGGAGAGCUGAUGACACCAACCCCAGUUCCUGUCGCAUCUCCAGCCCCUGCGUCCACUGCAGCCCCAACUCUGGGCCAGGACAACCUCCUACAGUCUGGUUUUGAUGCUUUUGGUUCCACAACGAACCCAACACCAGUCCCAACUGCACCCUCUAGUGGUUUUGAUGCAACAGUGUUUGAUGGAUUAGGGGACUUGCUUAUGCCUGCCAUGGCGCCCCAGGGCUCAGCGGCGCCCCCCGUGAUAGGAACUGGGAUGUCGGCGGCAAGUCCACCUGCAAAAGCCAUCGGAGGUGACCUGGACUCCUCCCUGGCAAACCUGGUUGGAAACUUGGGCAUGGGGAAUCAGAAAAAAGACAUGCAGUGGAAUGAGAAAAAGCUGACUGGUGGUGCCAACUGGCAGCCACAGGUAGCCCCCACUAGCUGGGGGGGCCCUGGCUCUCAGAUGUCGGGCGCCUCCCCUGCGGCUCCAGGUGCCACGCCCCCAGCCGGAGCCAUGGCUCCACCAAUGGGAGCGCAGCCAGGAUUCGGCAUGCCCCCAGCUACCGGAGCCCCCAUGAUGCCUCAGAUGUUCGCUCAGCCAAUGAUGAGGCCACAGUUUCCUGGUGCAGGAGCCCCUGGGGCCCCGCUGUCUCCAGGAGCUGCCCAGAGCCCUAAGAAGCCCCCCUCCAAAGACCCCCUGGCAGAUCUCAACAUCAAGGACUUCUUAUAAAGCCCAAGCUGCUUUCUCCAUGGCGACACGUUGAGCGCGGCUACUGAGAGCCGUCAGACAUGGAUGACCCCUGAGGAUCACAGCUACCACCGGAGCCCCUCCCCCUGCCUCAGCCCCUCCCCCUCCCUUAGCCCCUCCCCCUCCCUUGUCAUGUUGUAGCACAAACUGUGAAACUGAACUAUAGGAAAGGAUUGUGUGCUUAUCUCAAUGUUAUCUUCCCUUGAACAAUAAGACAUAAAAAGACAUAAAAAUGGUGUAUUUUGUUCUGCCCCUUUCGAAUGAUGGACGUGUGUGUGUUUGAUGCCUGCUCCGUCUGGCCCUGCCCCCCCGAGCUGACGUACAGGCGAUUGUCUGGUGUGCGUAUCGUUCAUUGCUGAUAGCUUUCGGUGUACAUAAAUCCCUUAAAAUAUCUUAUUUCCUGUGUAUCUAUAUCUAUUCAAGAGCAUAUUGAUGUCGGUCUAAUAUCAAACUGAAUCAAAAGGCCAUUAUUUUAUCUCCCAUCUGCAGUUUAAUUUGGGAACAAAUAUGGAUAUAUGAGAUAUAGAUAUAUAAAUAAAUAUAUAUAUAUAUGUAAAAGGUUUGCAAGCUCCUCACACCUGGAACAGCCUUUUCACUUUAUAAUGUUUAUUUAUUUGUUUAUUUAUUUAAUAUUUAUUGGUUUAGUUUUAUGUUUUUAUGUCGAGCUCCUCGCUCCGUUAUUUAUAUCUUGUUUAAAUUUGUACUGUUUACAUUUCUGGACAUUUUGUCUGCAGAUUUUAUUGAUCUUUAUUCUUAUUUUGAGAAAUUUGUUAUAUUUUGUUUAUUGUAGACGUUGUGCACAUAAGAAAGAAUUGUCCCAUGAUUACUUGAAAGCAGAGAUCAGUAUGGACGUCCAUUUAAAUAAUAACUACACUUGUAUAGUGGCCUAGGAAGCGGAUUUGGUCUUGCUGUUUUGUUUUUCUGUCUCUAUCAGUGAACUAUUGUGUUUUGACCCUCAUAGUAAGUAGUGUUCUAUUCCUGCCAACCCGUGGUCAGCCCCCAUAGUGUUAUUUUUGUAAUACAUUAGAGCGAGCAGGCAUUUGGUUCCUAACCCUUGCUUGGGGUCGCCCCACACACCUGUGCCCCCUUCCCUUUCACCCUGGUUGAUGUUCACAUGGUGUUUUCUGUUCCUCUUCCCUUUGGUGAACAGUGGUAUUGUAAGUGUAGGCACUGGCAAACGUCUUAACAGUUCAUUGAAAUGUCCAGGAGAGGUCGCUGUUGACCACAGUUUCUGUUUGUUUCUACGGCAGCUCAGUAGAACCAGUGGAAUCAGUUUGACUGUAGAUGCCGUACACUGUUGUUUCCUUCCAAGUGACCGUGUCAGCAAUCGUUGUGAAAAAACAAUGGAUAAAGAACAAGACUUUAACUUUGGUUUAAAGAUAGCUUUUGUUUUCUUUUUCAUUUACCCCCAGUGCAUGUAUGCUCUUUGAAAUGCAAUAAAUACAUUGACUUAAGGAAA